GGAAAAGGACAGAAGAGUAAAGAAAAUGACAACUUAUAGCCCACAGUUUCUGGGGAUACAAUCAGCAUGGACUCAAGAAGGGGGAGACAAAAAUGCUGGUGAAGGUGUUGUUAUUGGAUUUGUGGACACUGGAAUCAACCCAUCACACCCCAGCUUUGCUUAUGAUCCCACACACCCAUUUUCUUCAGACAUAUCCCAUUUUUCUGGGGAUUGUGAGACAGGUCCUAUGUUUCAUGAAUCUGCCUGCAAUGGUAAAAUUGUGUCUGCCAGGUUUUUCGCUGCAGGGGCACAAGCUGCUGCUAACCUUAAUGCCUCAUAUGAUAUCCUAUCUCCUUUUGAUGCUGAUGGCCAUGGGAGCCAUGUGGCAUCAACUGCUGCAGGAAAUUCUGGAGUUCCAGUUGUGGUAGAUGGAUUUUACUACGGUAGAGCCACUGGAAUGGCACCGCGUGCAAGGAUUGCUGUUUAUAAAGCCAUAUAUCCAACAAUAGGAGUUCUCUCAGAUGUCCUAGCAGCUAUUGACCAAGCAGCGUUAGACGGGGUGGAUAUCUUAUCUCUGUCAAUAGGUCCAGAUGACCCACCAGAAGAAGCACUCACAUUCUUGGCAUUGUUUGAGAUCUUCAUGUUGGCAGCACACAAAGCUGGAGUUUUUGUUGUCCAAGCUGCUGGGAACCACGGCCCCAGUCCUUACAGUGUGAUCUCCUUUAGCCCAUGGACAGUGGGAGUUGCAGCCUGUGACACAGAUAGGAGUUUCCCUGGAUCUCUCAUUCUUGGUGAUGGUAAGAAAAUCAGUGGUAUAGGCUUGUCAGCAUCAACGUUCGAUGGGGGAGUUCUUCAACAUAAGCUGGUUUUGGCUAAGGAUGCCAUAAGGGCAAACAGAGUGUUCCCUAUGACAGCAGAGUACAUAGAGGAGUGUCAACAUCCAGAGGCACUAAACCCUUUUUUGGUGGAAGGGAGUUUGGUGAUCUGCAGCUUCUCAGCUGGUUUUUCUAAUGGAUCGUCAAGUCUAACAUCAAUCAUAAAGACAGCAAAGGCUCUUCGGUUUGCAGGAUUUGUAUUUGUUGCUAAUCCAACCUAUGGUGAUUUCAUAGCUGAGCCUAUCCCCUUCCAUGUUCCCGGCAUUCUGAUCCCAAGAACCAGUGACACACAAAUCAUAUUGACCUACUAUGAGAACCAGACAACAAGGGACACUCAUGGAUAUGUAACCAAGUAUAGCGGGCGUGCUGCCAUAACCGAGGGAAGAAUCGCUAGUUACUCAAACCGAGCUCCAGUUGUUAGCAGGUUUUCUUCAAGAGGUCCUGAUUUCAGUGGUCAAAGUAGGAAUCCAGCUGAUGUGCUAAAGCCUAACCUUCUAGCUCCAGGGCACCAGAUAUGGGCAGCUUGGAGCCCCAUGAGUGUUUCAGAUCCCAUUCUAUCUGGACACAAUUUUGCACUUAUCUCGGGGACGAGCAUGGCUACACCACAUGUUGCAGGCAUAGCUGCGCUCAUAAAGCAGAAAUAUCCUACGUGGACGCCGUCCAUGAUAGCUUCUGCAUUGUCAACCACUGCCACCACACAAGACAAUCUUGGAGACACCAUAAUGGCUCAAGGACUUGACCUCUACAGCUUACACCCCUCGGCGCCGUUCGGUUUUGGAUCGGGUCUCGUUAACCCCUCCCGCGCACUCGAUCCCGGUCUAGUCUUCUCAGCAGCCU